UUUGGUUUCACGAGUCAUUGUGGUUCCCGAGCACUAAACAUCAGCUGCGACGCUCGUCUGAAUGAGCCCCUCUCUGCACAUUGCCACAACCCUGCGUUUCUCCGCGUCAAACUGCGCGCGGUGACUCGACACCUGUCCCGUGUUCUCUGCCGCAGGUCCCUCGCCCUCGGUCAGCAGUAUUCGUCCCUGGGAUCGCAGCCCUUCCUGUGCAGCACCAUUCCCGGGCUGGUGCCCAAGCAGCUGCGCUUCUGCCGCAACUACAUCGAAAUCAUGCCCAGCGUCGCCGAGGGCGUCAAACUGGGCAUCCAGGAGUGCCAGCACCAGUUCCGGGGCCGCCGCUGGAACUGCACCACUAUCGAGGACAACUUGGCCAUCUUCGGCCCCGUGCUCGACAAGGCCACCCGGGAGUCCGCGUUUGUCCACGCCAUCGCCUCUGCCGGCGUGGCCUUCGCCGUGACGCGCUCCUGCGCCGAGGGCACCUCCACCAUGUGCGGCUGCGACUCGCACCACAAAGGGCCGCCCGGCGAGGGCUGGAAGUGGGGCGGCUGCAGCGAGGACGCCGAGUUCGGGGUGCUGGUGUCGCGCGAGUUCGCCGACGCCCGGGAAAACCGGCCGGACGCGCGCUCUGCCAUGAACCGCCACAACAACGAAGCGGGACGAACGACCAUCCUCGACCACAUGCACCUUCGCUGCAAGUGCCACGGCCUGUCGGGCAGCUGCGAGGUGAAGACGUGCUGGUGGGCGCAGCCGGACUUCCGCAUGCUGGGCGACUACCUGAAGGACAAGUACGACAGCGCCUCGGAGAUGGUGGUGGAGAAGCACCGCGAGUCACGGGGAUGGGUGGAGACGCUGCGCGCCAAGUACGCCUUCUUCAAACACCCGACCGAGCGCGACCUGGUCUAUUACGAAGGCUCGCCGAACUUCUGCGAUCCCAACCCGGAGACCGGCUCCUUCGGCACGCGCGACCGCACCUGCAACGUGUCGUCGCACGGCAUCGAGGGCUGCGACCUGCUGUGCUGCGGGCGCGGCCACAACACCCGGACCGAGAAGCGCAAGGAGAAGUGCCACUGCAUCUUCCACUGGUGCUGUUACGUCAGCUGCCAGGAGUGCGUGCGCGUGUACGACGUGCACACCUGCAAGUGAGGGCCGCGGAGACGCCACGCACACACAGACACGCACGCACGCACGCACACACAGACAGAGGACGUACCGGC